CAGGAAUUUGUAUUAACCAGAAAAUCUCUCAAAAAACCUGAUAUAUGACCCACGGAUGCUCAUAUCCCGUGUUUUAUCUCAUAUUCCUCCUUCUCAAUGAGCCCCAGGAGGGCUACAUACAGUCGACAGUGAGAAACAUACCAUCAUCAUGGCUAGCCUUUUUGAAAAGCCUCGAUCCGUCCACAGUGGGAAAACUUUGCGGACGAAAGUUGUGGUUCAGCACAGGUCUGAUCAUAUGAUGCAGGAACAGCUGAAUGGUGUAAAGAAUUGCCAAGAAGCCCUCACAAAAGCCCUACAUGAACUCGAAAUUUGUAAAAAUGAACAAAACCGAGAGUUCCAUGUGCAACAAGUCAAGGAACUCAAACAAAAACUGGAUGAUCUGAUGCUGGUCCUCAAGAUUGCCGAUAAACUGAACCGCGAACUUCACUAUGCAAGGAACGAACUGCAGAUGGCGCUCAAAUACCAAGAUGACAAUGUGUACAACGCAAGGAAGAGAGUGGUUUGGUUGGAGGACAGGAUGGCGAAAGUAACAACACAUAAGGUUCUCCAUGAGCCGAGUACUCCAUUAAAAGACCUGUCCAUAGCAGAUUCAGAAUCGUCGGCCUCACUUGGAGGUUCGGAUAGUAUCCUGGGGGCAGAUGAUAUAGAAAAUGAUGAAAGACCAGGCAGUUCAAGGGCUGAUAUUAGGUCAAAUGAUGCAGGAUAUGUAGCUGAUUAUAAUACAAGUGCUGUGCCUGUUGAUGAGCCGCAGUCUCUGAGUGAGCCUGAUGAACGAGCUAUUUCAAACCCGAGAGUGAAACACCACCAUCCACCCACUCCAGAGACGGCACCCAAGAAGUCAAGUAUGAAGAAAUCAAAGCAUCGGAAGAAGGAUGGGUGCAGAGGUGCCGCGUUAUCUUCUAAAGGAGGCCUAGGGGACGGAGAUGGUCCUGGGCGUAAUGACCUCGAGAUUGGCCAUGAUUCUCGAUCGAUCGCAAUCACAGAACAGUCGCUCUACCCAGCAUCCUCAGCCACACACUUUACUUCUGAUGAUGAACAUUCUGAGGAAUUUCCCAGUGAGAAAGGGUCUGAGGAAUCAGAUCUUGUCAAAUCACAACAAGAUGAGAAUUCAUCUGGUAGAUCAUCAGCUUCAAGUGGAGGAAGAGGAGAAGAUGAAGAAGCUGAUGAGGUCAAGGAUGAGGAUGAUCAAAGGAAGAGGGGUGUAUUCAUGACGGAGACGUCCUUCAUGACCUCAGCGGGGACACGGAAGAGUCGUGUGACAGUGCGAUCACCUGCAGUAUCAGAAAUAGCAGACGAUGAGCUAAGUUAUGCAGAUGACCAGGAAGUCGACCAUGGUACAGAUUAUUGGAACUCGGAGCACCACAGGUUUGAGAUCGGGGAGCAUGCGCAGGCUUUGUGUGAUUUAGAUCCUCUGUCUUAUCAUCAGGUUGGACUCGCUGUACCAGGAACAUUUAUUCAUGAUGUCCCUGAAGUUGACCAGGAGUUACCAUGGAGACCGAGAAGCAGGGGAAGCGACAUUAAAGAUAUUCAUAGAGUAGCCUUGGACAAAUUGUCUGUGCGAGUCCAGAAGAUCUAUGAGAAGAUCUAUGAUGCGGCAAUGUUAUCUGUCGACCCUCAUUUCAAAGAUGUUGAAGAGACUGGCAACUUCUUACAAAACUUUGAUUUGGAGAAAGCUGUGUCUGUGCAGAGUGGAAUCAUCAGUACAGACAAGAGUGAAACUCCUCCAACACCACCAAGACCGAAGACACAGGACUCUGCCCAGGGAAACCAGAAGAAGGCAGCAUAUGUCAGACUAGUGUAUUACCCAAAAGCUAUACCAACUGGACAACGAUUACCAAAUACGAGGGUGAACUCCGAGGCCGUCUUCCCUCAAUUAGACCCAGACCUGAUCAAAGAGGCUGAAAAGCGUGAAGUAGCCACCAGGAUCUGUGACCAGGGCAACCUCAUGAAGGAGACCAAGUUCACGUCGAGUUUGUUCAAGAGUCGUAAAAAAGGCGAAGUUGCCAAGGCAAAUAAGCUCAGAAUGCAAGAACUGUUGGAGAAAGAGAGGAUGGCCCAGCUGACAUCUGCUGAGAGACGAACCAACCAUAGAACCAGACUAAAGAAGACUUUUAAAUUGGCUGCCUUGACAUCUAAACUGAAUCCAGAGUCUUCCUCCGAAGCCUCUUCUGCAUGCUCCACUGAGGGCUCCACACGGGGCUCCUCUCUUUCCUCAUGGAGUUCAUAUUCCUCGGAAGCAAGCCAGGCUCAAUGGGGAGAUCUAAAGCCAGGUUCUAAUCCCCUGGACCACUCUGGAUUGAAAUGGGAAAGAGUAAAGGAAAUUAUUCAUCAUAGUUUGGUUGCGCCUCGGGUAGACGAGAGACGGGAUGCAGCCAAGUCGCUCGGUUUGAUGAAAUGCGGUGAUGCUAUGGUGAUCUAUGCGUUGAGGGAGCGUCUCGUCCAUGAUGAGGAACAGGUUGUACAGUACGAAGCAGCCAAAGCAUUGAUGCUCUUAGGUCAAUGGGAUGAUGACAUCUUGAAGACUGUUGUGCGUUUCCUUGCACUUGGAAACACAGAGGUGAAGCAUGAUUUGAUUCGCACCAUGAUCGAUGGAAAGAAUGUACACUAUGUGAACAAGAAAUUGACAUAUUUCAGGGAACUAACGUCAGUUCUAAGCCAUCUGUGUAAAAAUCCAGACCCUUCUGACUGCAUUGCCUUUGAUGCUGCCAUUUGUCUUGGGAAGUUGUGUGUUGCUGAUAAGUUCGCGAAAAAAAGACUGAAGUCUGCUCUGAAGGACCUGGAUUCCGACAGCCAUGUCAGAUUCAAGGCAAUGGACGUGCUCGUGAGACAGAUGAACUGCACUGACUGGGAGGUCAUCCAAUCCAUCUUGACACAUCUCAAAUCCUCACCUGUUUGGAAACACCGGGCAGGCACCGCCAAGCUCCUCGUUCUGCUCGGGCCAAAGCAUGUGUGUUUGGAAAACGAAGUGGAGAAGGUGUACGAGUUGUUGGAGAAGAGACUCUGGGACGAUGCAAACAAAGAUGUAAGGACAGAGGUGGCAAAGGCGAUCAUGGCCCUGGGGAUGUUUUCUAGAGCAUGUGAGAGGGCAGAGAAACGUCUUGAUGAUGCAAAUGAAGACAUCCGAGCGCAGGCUGUCAUCUCUGUAGGAACACUGGGAAUCCGAAGCCAAAAGAUAAUCAAGGCCUUACUCGAAAUGGUGGAACUUGAUUCGAGUGAAUUCGUCCGGUUACAGGUGAUCCGUACAUUUGGUGUACUUGGUUUGUACAAUGAUAAGAGGGUGAUGAGAAGUUUGAAGGAACGAGAACGUCUUGAGGGUGUGCUUGCAAGCAAAAGUCAAGAGCAGAAAUGAGAGGCCACUAAAAUCUUGAAGCAGUUGGUCAGCCAAGGCCGAGAGAGGGCUUUAGCUGCCAAGGCGUCUGCAGCAAGCAAGAAAAAGGAACCUUAAAUACAUGUAAUAUGGUUAUUUCUCAAGUCAUAGGAUGAACUGCUUCAGCCAGUAUGAAUGCAGAUGUCAGUAUGGAUAAAGGCCUCUUCAUUACGAUUAGGGAGGCACAAGGAGAUUGGAUUGAUGGCUUGUACGUGGAUUAGUGCAUGGACCAAUCCUGCCAAGGUGUGGAACCUGGGCUUUCCGUUGAUGCAGCCAACAAUGCAUAGUGAUAUACUGUACGCCGUCAAGGGCAUUUUUUCACAUGUACAUGUAAUUGACAGUUGAGAAGCUUCGAAUAAAAACAUACAAAUUUUGUGGUGAGAAGUUUACAUGCCUUUUAUUUUUUGGCCUACCUAUUUUUAUGAUUUUUAAUUGCUACAUCUGCAUGUACUUGAUUGUUUUGGAGGUAUUUUUUCUAAAUUCCUCAAUGCACUACUGUGAUAGAACAAAUGAGAUAAAGAGUAUUGUAUUAUAUGGUAUUGGUAUUAAUUUUGUAAAAGCUUAUUUUUAGAUUUAUGUUUUAAAUUUUACAUGUACGUAACUCUAUUUGCUGUAGAGUAUUGAUAUUUAAUAAAUGUUUUUUCCCAA